AUGCAUCUUCAAUAUCUUCUCCCGGCUUUGUUAGCUGUAGGAGGCGCGCGCGCAGCACCGGCGACGGUCGAAAACAUCUCUGCAAAGCGCGAUACCAGUCUGUCCGCCGCUUCGAUCUUCAUCCCGGCCUCAACCCUCGAGACAGAUAUUCUGGCGGCCAAGGGUCUUGUCAAUCUGGCAUUCUAUGAGCUGACGAGUGGCUCUGGUGGAAGUUGCAAUUUGCUCAAUGCGGCCGUGCGAAGGGAAUGGUCGACGCUCUCCAAGGAAGAGAGGCUGGCUUACAUCAAUGCUGAGUUGUGCCUUAUGUCAAAGCCGUCUCAGGAUCCCAGUUUCGCGGCAGGCGCACGAUCUCGAUACGACGACUUUGUCGCCGUACACAUCAACCAAACCCUUUCCAUCCAUGGGACGGCCAACUUCCUAGCUUGGCAUCGGACCUUCACCUGGAAUUUCGAGCAGGCACUACGGAAUGAGUGCGGCUAUACCGGGUAUCAACCGUACUGGAACUGGGGAAAGUAUGCCUUUGACCCUCUCAACUCUCCCCUCUUCGACGGCAGCGCCUACAGCAUGUCGGGCAACGGUGCGUACGCGCCACACGGCUGCACGGAAGCCCUGCCCACGGAUAUCAACUGCAUCCCUCCUGGCUCUGGAGGUGGCUGCGUGACCACGGGCCCGUUCAAGGAUUACGUCGUCAACUUAGGUCCUGUUGCUCCGACCCUGGAUGUCCCAGGGAUCAUCAACUACUCCAACCCCAACCCUCUUGCCUACAAUCCUCGCUGUCUCCGUCGCGACAUCUCCUCAUGGGUAUCGUCCAACUGGACCAAAGACUCGGACUCGUACGACCUGAUCUCCAACUACAACGACAUCCUGUCAUUCCAGAACCGCAUGCAGGGCGACUUCAGCGUCGGGUUCUACGGCGUCCACACUGCCGGCCACUUCACGACCGGUGGCGACCCGGGUGGUGAUCUCUUCUCCUCGCCCGCCGAGCCGACGUUCUUCCUGCACCACGCGCAGAUAGACCGGACGUGGUGGAUCUGGCAGAACCAGGACCCGAAGAACAGGAGGACCGCCUUUGGCGGUGGCACGUCGACUCUGGACCCCGUCAACAGCCCGCCCGGAAAGCUCACCGACCCGAUCAACAUGGGCAGCUUGGGACAGACGAUCGAGAACCAGGAUGCGCUAUGGACGACUGCCGGUCCUUUCUGCUACAUCUACGUCUGA